CCGCUCAACUGGGGUACCCCACGGUCGCUGUUGCCUGCCGCAAAUAUCCAUAUUUUAAUUGAUUCCUCCCUCACCCCCAGAUCCUCUCUCUCUCUCUCUCUCUCACCCACACCACAGAAUCCAUGGCCCCUUCCACCCUCCUCCUCUCUUCUCCCUCUCUCAAAGUUCCCAUCCCUGCCGGUAGCUUCAGCGGAAAAAGCCUGCGCCCAAAUAUCGGGGGGUUGUCAGCAGGGAGAAGGAGAGGAGCGGUGGUUGUCAGCAGCAGCAGCAGUGACGGUGGAGCGGGGGAGGAGGACAAGCCUUCGUUCAACCCGUUUGGCUUCGUUACCGACAACCCGUCGAGUCGGAGCGCUAUACAGCUUCCCGAAUCUCCUGCGGAGGAUGGAAAUGUUGGCCAAAUGCUCUACAGGAUUGAAGACAAGGGCAAGGAUUAUGGCUCUUAUGUCAAAUCUGGAAGACUUCGUUGGUUUGUGAGAGAAACAGGGUCAUUGGACAGUCAAAGGGAAACCAUCGUAUUUAUUCAUGGAGCUCCAACUCAAUCAUAUAGCUAUCGAGUACUUAUGUCUCAGAUGUCAGAUGCUGGCUUUCACUGUAUUGCACCUGAUUGGAUUGGAUUCGGUUUUAGCGAUAAACCUCAACCAGGAUAUGGAUUCUCAUAUGAAGAAGAGGAAUUUCAUGUAGAAUUUGGCAAGCUUCUAGAUGUUCUGAAUAUCAAAUCUCCAUUCAUUCUAGUGACUCAGGGAUAUCUUGUGGGUUCUUAUGGACUGACAUGGGCUUUAAAGAAUUCAGACAAGAUUUCUAAGCUUGUGAUUCUUAAUAGUCCAUUGUCUGUGUCAUCCUCGCUCCCUGGAUUAUUUCAGAAGCUAAGAAUUCCACUGUUUGGUGAAUUCACAAGCCAAAAUGCUAUUAUGGCUGAGCGUUUCAUUGAAGCAGGUAGCGCAUAUGUGUUGAAGACUGAAAAGGCUGAUGUAUAUCGAUUGCCAUACCUGGCAAGUAGUGGCCCUGGAUUUGCACUGCUUGAGACAGCAAGGAAAGCAAAAAUCAAUGACAUAUUGAGCCGAAUAGAAACUGGAUUUUCAUCUGAAAGUUGGAACAAACCUUUGCUGCUAGCGUGGGGCCUGUCAGACAAAUACUUGCGUAUAUCAGAAGCCGAGGAGUUUAAGAAGAGAAACCCUGCUGCUAUAAAACUUGAGGCAAUAGAGGGAGCUGGUCAUAUGCCGCAAGAGGACUGGCCAGAGAAGGUUGUUGAAGCUCUAAGAUUUUUCCUUCUCUAAGCCGAGUUACAAAAUGAGCAGUAUAAAUGGAAGCUAAAGUGAAGAUGCAGUCAUGCAACAAACCCAUGAUGCUUCUUGUUAAUAAAAUUUUACUUGUAAAAAGUCAAGAAAAAGGAGGUCAAUGCUGGCAGAAAAAUAGAGGUAAUUGUAAUGAAUUGAAUUUAGUUGUUGGAUAAAAUCUUUGAGACAUUUCUGAACCAAUUAGAUGUGGCAAUUUGGAAAGGGAAUUCAUCCAUAGUGAUUGUAUCUGUAUGUCUAAAUAUCCUAUUAUAUGUAAAAUGAUUAUUCUCCCUCCUAUCUUUAUUUU